AUGUCUCUGUCCAGCAAGCUGUCCAUCACUGAUGUCGACCUGAAGGGCAAGCGGGUCCUGAUCCGGGUCGACUUUAACGUCCCUCUCGACGCCGACAAGAAGGUUACCAACAACCAGCGUAUCGCCGGUGCGAUCCCCACCAUCAAGUAUGCUGUCGACAACGGCGCCAAGGCCGUGGUGCUCAUGUCCCACCUUGGCCGGCCCAACGGAAGCCCCAACCCCAAGUACAGCCUGAAGCCAGUCGUUCCCGAGCUCGAGAAGCUGCUGGGCAAGUCUGUGACCUUCGCCCCCGACUCCGUCGGCCCCGAGGUCGAGGCCAUCGUGAACAAGACCGAGGGUGGCGGCGUUGUGCUGCUUGAGAACCUGCGGUUCCACCUUGAGGAGGAGGGAUCUGCCAAGGACAAGGACGGCAACAAGGUCAAGGCGGACAAGGAGAAGGUUGCUGAGUUCCGCAAGGGCCUCACAGCGCUGGGAGAUGUCUACAUCAACGACGCUUUCGGUACCGCCCACCGUGCACACUCCUCCAUGGUCGGUGUCGACCUGCCCCAGAAGGCUGCCGGUUUCCUGAUGAAGAAGGAGCUGGACUACUUCGCAAAGGCCCUCGAGUCCCCCCAGAGGCCCUUCCUGGCCAUCCUGGGUGGCGCCAAGGUGUCUGACAAGAUCCAGCUGAUCGACAACCUGCUGGACAAGGUCAACACGCUCGUGAUUGCGGGCGGCAUGGCCUUCACCUUCAAGAAGACCCUGGACAACAUGUCCAUCGGCAACUCGCUGUUCGACGAGGCCGGCGCCAAGACCGUGCCCCAGCUGGUCGAGAAGGCCAAGAAGAACAACGUCAAGGUCGUCCUGCCCGUGGACUUCAUCACGGCCGACAAGUUCGACAAGGAUGCCAACACUGGCACGGCCACGGACAAGGAGGGCAUCCCAGAGGGCUGGAUGGGCCUGGACUGCGGUGCUGAGUCCGUCAAGCUGUACAAGGCUGCCAUCGCCGAGGCCAAGACCAUCCUCUGGAACGGCCCCGCCGGUGUGUUCGAGUUCGAGAAGUUCGCCAGCGGCACCAAGGCCACCCUGGACGCCGCUGUGGAGGGUGCCCAGUCCGGCAAGAUCGUCAUCAUCGGCGGUGGUGACACGGCGACCGUGGCGGCCAAGUACGGCGUCGAGGACAAGCUCAGCCACGUCUCAACAGGCGGUGGUGCCAGCUUGGAGCUGCUCGAGGGCAAGGAGCUGCCCGGUGUGACCGCCCUGUCGAGCAAAUGA